CUCUGUGCUUUUUAAAAAAGAGCCAGAAGCUUCAAUGUUGGAUGCCGUGCUAUGACAACGUCACUGCUCCUCCGUCCUCGCUGGGUCGACCCGUCGGUGAUGUUCCUGUACGACAACAGCGGCGGUUCCGAUGAAGUGACCAAGAACAUGGAGGGUUUUGCUGGUGGCAACUUUGCUGCGAACCAGUGUAGGAAUCUGAUGGCGCACCCCGCGUCCCUGGCACCCAGCACGGCUUACUCGUCCAGCGACGUGCCCUCCUCUGGUAUGGGCGAGCCAGUGAAACAGUGCAGCCCUUGCUCUGCAGCCCAGAAUUCUUCCAGCGCGUCCCUGCCAUAUGGGUACUUCGGUAGCGGCUAUUACCCGUGCAGAAUGUCGCAUCACAGCAGCAUAAAGUCGUGCGGAGCGCAGCCCCCCUCCGCGUAUGGAGAGAAAUACAUGGACACGUCUGCCUCGGGCGACGACUUCACCUCUCGGGCAAAGGAGUUCGCUUUUUACCCGACCUACCCUUCAGGCCCUUACCAACCUGUUCCCAGUUACCUGGACGUUCCUGUGGUGCCAACUAUCAGCGCGCCGUCAGAAGCCAGGCACGAGUCCCUGCUGCCUAUGGAGAGCUACCAACCGUGGACACUCGCCGCCAACGGCUGGAACGGCCAGGUUUACUGCGCCAAGGAGCAGCCUCAGCCUGGACACAUGUGGAAGUCCUCCAUACCAGACGCGGUGUCCCACGCAGGAGGAGAGUCUGGCUCUUAUCGACGUGGAAGAAAGAAGCGCGUGCCAUACACCAAGGUGCAACUGAAGGAACUCGAGCGCGAGUACGCCGCCAAUAAAUUUAUCACGAAGGACAAAAGGAGGAGGAUAUCUGCCCAGACCAACCUGUCCGAGAGGCAGGUCACGAUAUGGUUUCAAAACAGACGCGUAAAGGAGAAGAAAGUUGUCAACAAAUUGAAAACCAUCAGCUAGUUUUUGAUUACGGACAAUAUCUGUGGAAGAUAAACAAGGCCCACACACACACACACACACACACACACGCACACACACACACACACACACACACGGACUCAUGGAUUGGAACAACAGAACUCCUUUCUGACUGAAUAUGAUUUAUUUGUAUGUUGCCAAAUGGAGCUUCCGGAACAAAAUUUUUGAGGCCUUGAAUGUUGGACCUUCCAUUUCCUGCCACUUGUUGAUAAAUAUUGUUUAAGGAGUCAAGUGGGGGGAAAAGAGAAAAUAUGUAGCUGCAGUAUUUGUGACUUUUUAAACAUUUUUUGGCAUGCUCACUCUCAGCACAGGAAAACUGACCCCAGUUCAGAAAGGUGUGCGCCACCGAGCUACGCCUUUAUCUGCAACUUUAACGAGAGUGAUAAAAAAAAAAAAGCGAAGAUUCACAGGAAGUGACGGUGUGACGGAUUUGGACCUUGGGAAUGUUAAAUAUUAAUCUCUCCUGACUAUCUUUUUUUUUUUUUUUUUUUAAAAGAAAAAAACCCUACUCACAUGCUUAGCUUGUAUGAAGUUUAGUCUUAUCAUAUGAACCCGUGCUCUCUCAUUCAUAUCCAAUCCAUGGUGCAAUUCUUGUUAUAAUGCUUAGAUAAUCGUUCGGGAUAUGUGUUCAUAUCAAUCAUAGCUUUUUAUAAUGUGUGCGUAUUCAUGUGGUUGUAUAUAAAGUAAAUUCCGGCAUGAUAUCCAGGUUAUUUGUGUGUGAGUCCCAGUAUGUCGGUGUUAAAGUCCGUCCCAAUAAAAUAUGGACUUGGUUGAAUUUUACCCAAGUUAUGUUGAACAUGGAUCCUUUUCAUGGCAUCAGACUGUGCUGAUAGCCCAGGUUACAGUUUGACACGCAACUGAUCCUCCAUUACUUCUACACUUUUAAAUACCCUUUAAGGCCUCAUGUGAAAAAUCUAGUUUCACUAGUGGAGGCGACUUUUCUGCGUUUGUAGCAGCUCUCUUUAUCACGUAAUAUUUUAUUCAACUUUCUAUUUUGAAAGUCUAAUAUUUGCAAUGUGCAGCAGAGUUGUGUUUGGCUCUGGGAGAAGGGGAAAUCAGUCAAACUAGGCUGGUAUGUGUUGAAAUAUAGGCUGACAUCGCCAUCUAGCGGCGACUUUGUGAUAUGCUCAGUGGACUGUCAAUGGUCAAAAAAUAUCCAUACAGAGUUUAAAUAUAAUAAUGAUAAUUAAUAAUAAUUAAAAAUGAAUACUAUCAAUAAUGGUAAUAAUAAUAAUAAUUAUAAUUUUCAGUUUUAUUCUGUAAUAAUUACCUGAAUGUUUUGUCAGCCGUAAUAAACACAGGCGCAGGUGGAAGGUGCAUAAAAAACAACUUUAUUUUGAUAAAUAAUAUAAAUAAAACACAAAUCAAAAUAUACCCAUUUACUCACCCUCACUGUGACUGCACAGUGAAAACAAUCGCUUGAAUAUAUAAAUGUUUGCAAGGACGUUUAAUAUUGAAGGACAGUUUGAGGUCGAUUUGUUGAAUUUAUAUUUAUAUUUCUCUGACUUUUUGUUUUAUUCAUAAACAAAUGUUAAAGGUAAAAUUCAUCUAGUUCUGGAUUAGUUUUUAAAUACGAAUCACUAUUUUCAUAAAUUGCUUUAUUUUUGUUUUUACAUUGCAUUAUUAGUUUGCGUUUACAGAGACGCAGCUAUUUUACGUUGACGUCGAAAGUUGUAUGUGUUUCUAUAUUCUGAUCAGAUAAAUAUUUGUCAGCUUGAAUCUCUAAAUGUUGGCGACAUUUACGCGACUGGUUGCAAACACUUCGCAGGCGGCCUGGUGUCAAUUUAUCUUGUUCAAAUACACAUGAAUUAUUAAGGAUUCACCCGCGUUCUUUCUUUGUCUUUUUUUACGCUUUUGGAAUUUAAGUGUGCAAAAAUAUAUAUACUUGUCAACAAAUUUUAGGAUGCAGUAGAAAUAUUUUUAUUUCUUUGAAAAUAGUUUGUACCAUUUUUCUAAGCUUUCCGUGAUUAUCUAAUCAAUCCGGAAUAAGAAGCAAAAUAUAAUCAGCCGAAAAAUUCCACUCGGUCAAUGUGAUGAAACUAUAUAUAUAUUUUUGCAUUUAAUUUAUUAAUUUUACUGAGUGAUUGGUGGAUUUUUUUUUUCAUUAAAAAUAUAUACUUAAAAAUAUAUAUGGACAUAUUCUUGCUGUAUCAAAAUGAGGUAAAAUGCUUUUAGUAUAAAAUAAUUCUAACCCUCGCUGGUAGUUUUGUGGUGUGCGAAAAUAAAAGAAUAAAAAUCAGUGCACUAGAAGCUUUGCCCCGGCCCCAUUCACUCGCAACGGCAACCGUUCACUGUCGACAGCACCUUCAGUGGCGUCUGUGAAUAUUUCCUACUGUUUCUGAAAGAUUUUCCUUUUUGAGUGACUCAGUGCAGUUGUAACGCAGCUGCAGCCAAAAAACGCAACUUCCCACCAUGCUUGUUUUGGCUGCAUUAAUGAACAUGAUUCAGUCUUACUGG